AUGUCCGAUGAGGCCGCCAAAAAUGAUGGCAACGACGACGACGAGAAAUCGCCGCCGAAUAUCGAUUUUCCGAGUCCCGUAGCUGAUAUGAAGCCGAGCCUGUAUCGAGUGAACACGGUGAUGAGUUGCCGCGCCGUGUGCCGCUCGAUCUCCUACGACAUGUGCGGCAAUCAUCAGCAGGAGCUUCUGUUCGACCUCUACAAAGACGAGACGACCGGCAAAGUCUAUCUGCCGCGCUUCUUCAAGGCGCUUCUCGAGGCCGGCAUUCGAAAGGACGAUCCGCGCAUCGAGAAGAUGAUCGCCCGGCUUCGCGACGCCGACAUGCUCGAUGAUUUCGUUUGGGGUAGUCAACACCUUUAUUUGGAAAGGGACAUGUUCAAAAAAUACAUCGGAAGCAGUAUCGGCAUCGUGACGAAAGCCGUCAAAAAGCAAAUGAUCAUACCGAAUUGGGAGAGUUUUGUGCACGAUAUUGGCGAGAUUUUCGAGAGCACGCGGGCGUACAACGGCGGCGAAGUGGCGACGUACAUUCCGCAGUUGGCGAGAUGCGCGCCCGACAGUUGGGCGGCCUCCGUGUGCACCAUCGACGGCCAACGCAAAAGUUGGGGCGAUUCGCUGAAGCCGUUUUGCCUUCAGAGUGUCUCGAAACCCUUCACCUAUGCGCUGGUCCACGACGACAUCGGCGCCGAAGCGCUCCAUUCUCACGUUGGCCAAGAGCCAUCGGGACGGCUCUUCAACGACAUCUGCCUUGAUUAUAAUAAGAAACCCCACAACCCAUUGAUCAACGCCGGCGCAAUUGUGGUCGCGUCGCUUUUGAAGAACAAAGCGAGUUUGGCCGAUCGAUUCGAUUUUAUGAUCCACGCGUGCCGCAAAUUCGUCGGCUCCGGCUACAUCGGCUUCAACAACUCCGUGUUUUUGUCGGAACGCGAGACCGCCGAUCGCAACUACGCCCUAUCGUACUAUAUGCGCGAGCACAAGGUGUUUCCGCCGAACACGGAGCUCCAGGACACGUUGGACUUGUACUUUCAAAUCUGCUCGAUUGAGACGAACUGCGACUCGCUGGCGGUGAUGGCGGCGACGUUGGCGAACGGCGGUGUGAAUCCGUUGAACGGCGAAAGAGUGAUUAAUAAUCGCGCGUGCCGCGACACGCUCUCCCUAAUGUACUCGUGCGGCAUGUACGACUAUUCGGGCCAAUUCGCGUUCCAUAUGGGCCUGCCGGCGAAGUCGGGAGUUUCCGGCGACAUGAUCAUCGUGAUACCGAACGUGAUGGGCAUCGCGUUGUACAGUCCGCGUCUCGACAAACUCGGCAACACGGUUCGCGGCCUCAAAUUCGCCGAGCAAUUCGUUCAACACUACAACUUCCACAAUUAUGAUAGUCUCGUUUAUUCCGACGACAAGAAGAUCGAUCCGCGGAAGCAGGUGAUGAAUGACGACGACGGGCAGAACAAAUUUAUGUACGCCACAAAAAUUGGCGACAUCGCCGCGAUCAAAAGAUUCCUCCUAAUGGGCCAUGACAUCCAUUUAAAGGAUUAUGACGAUCGCACGGUUCUACAUAUUGCGGCGUCUGAAGGCGAUUCGGCCACUCUUGAAUACGUAUUGUCGAAAUGGAAGCAAGAUCCCGAUCCAAAGGAUCGCUAUGGGCGGACACCUCUCGAUGAUGCCAAGCUGUUCGAGCACGAAGCGUGCGUUAAGCUUAUGGAAGAAGCGGUGUCAAUGUGGACUCUUAAGAAUCCCGAUGAAUAA